AACAGGAUGCCUAAGACAUUUGCACAGUACUGUACAAAGUUAUGCUUCAGGGAUUUAACAGCGCUUCACGUAAAGCAGAAAAGGUUGAACACUAUUGCCUAAAAAAGAAAACCACAAUAAGUGGUCAUGCAAUGAGUCUGUGUGCAAGAUGCACGGCUUUCACUCUGUGGCAGGAUGAAGGCAUUGCACAUACUGCUGCUUAUUGCAGCUUUCAGCAUCCACACGUUUAAAGCCACACGUGGAGAGGAAAUCAUCAAUGGUAAGAAAGCCAGGAAGAACUCUUUGCAGUACAUGGCAUCUGUGCAGUUGAAUAACAAGCACAAAUGUGGAGGAUUCCUCAUAAGCCCCAGCUACGUGCUCACUGCUGCCCACUGUGGCACAGAUAACCUUAGCGUGGUCCUCGGAACUCAGAACAUUGAUGAGAAAAGGAAUAAGCUGAGAAGAUAUGUAGUGAAAAGCAUGCACAUUCACCCAUCAUACAAGGAAAACCCACGUUAUGGGUCUGACAUCAUGCUCCUGAAGAUUUCAGAGCAAGUCAAUAAUAAAGAUGUGAAGGUUGUCAAAAUCCCAAACAAGCACCAACGGGUCAAGCCCAACAUUAAGUGCCAGGUUGCAGGAUGGGGAAAAAAUGGAAAACAGCAAAUGGUGAAUGACCUCAUGGUGGCUGAUGUUUCAACCAUACAUAUCGACGUCUGUAAGAAGCAGUGGGCCAAAGUGUUUCCACUCCCGCCUAAUGUUCUGUGUGCAGGAGGCUACAAAACCAAAAGUGGAGCCUGCCAGGGUGAUUCUGGUGGGCCUCUGGUGUGCAGUGGUCUUGCAGUGGGCAUUGUGUCCUUCAAUUUAAAUAAAAAUUGUAGCUAUCCAAAUAUGCCAAAUGUCUACACUGCGAUUUCAGCUUACGCAGAUUGGAUUAACAAAGUGAUCAAAAGAGAUAUGAAGGCGUUGCACAUACUGCUGCUUGCUGCAGCUUUCAUCAGCCUCACUUUUAAUGCCACACAUGGAGAGGAAAUCAUCAAUGGCAAGAAAGCCAAGAAGAACUCACUUCAGUACAUGGCAUCUGUGCAGUCAAAGGGCAAGCACAUAUGUGGAGGAUUCCUCAUAAGCCCCAGCUACGUGCUCACGGCUGCCCACUGUUUCAAAAGUAACCUUAGUGUGGUCCUCGGAACUCAGAACAUUGAUGCGAAAAAUGAGCUGAGAAGAUAUGCAGUGAAAAGCAUGCACAUACCCCCUUCAUACAAGGAAAAGCCACGUUAUGGGUCUGACAUCAUGCUCCUGAAGUUUUCAGGGAAAGUCAAUUUGAAUAAACAUCUGAAGGUCAUCAAAAUCUCAAGCAAUCACAAACGAGUCAAGCCCAAUACCAAGUGCCAGGUUGCAGGAUGGGGAAAAACUGAAACCCAGAACACCGUGAAUGACCUCAUGGUGACUGAUGUGUCAACCAUAGAUAUCACAGUCUGUAAGAAGCAGUGGAAUAAAGUGGAAGUGGAACUCCCAGCUAAGAUUUUGUGUGCAGGAGGCUACGGAACCAAAAGUGGAGCAUGCCAGGGUGAUUCUGGAGGGCCUCUGGUGUGCAGUGGUCUUGCAGUGGGUAUUGUGUCCUUCAAUUUAAAAAACAAUUGUAACUAUCCAAAUAUGCCAAAUGUCUAUACUGAGAUUUCAGCUUACGCAGACUGGAUUAAGAAAGUGAUCAAAAGAGAUGCUUAAGGUGUAUUUUGUGCGUUUAAUAUCAUGUGAUUGCGUAAAAUUUGCAAUCCUCUAAUUACAGUCACAGCUAAUAUCUGAUGGUUCUGCUUUUUAGAACUUGUUUGAAAAAGCCCACAUUCUCACAAACGUGAGACCUAGACUAUUCAGCAGAAACCACACGAUACACCACAUCCUUUA